GAACAACGAGAGUGUGCUCGUGGGUUGACAUUCUGUGCUUGCUAUUCUCCUGGUCCUCUUUUCUACGAGUCGGUCGUUAGGAAGCAGCUACUGAGCGUCCUUCGAAGGUUUUGAGAUAUCAGAGCUCACAAAUAGUGCUUCGAAGGACAAUAUGGAGGACAUUGUUGAACAUAGCCAAAUUGGCGCCCUCGCCACUCAACACGACCGCGUAGACCACAGCCCAAUCGAACGUGUCCCAGCCGAGAUUCUCUGCGACAUCUUUCUCUCUUGGAUAGAAGAACACAGCUGGAAUGUCGAACAUCCGAUUAUCUUCCCCCAUUCCCCCUUUCUUCUUGCCCGAGUCUGUUCCCAGUGGCGCAAGAUCAUCUAUGGCACACCGCACCUUUGGGCGUCACCGCACGUCCGUAUCCCUUCCGGUAUGUACAUCACGAAUCAAUGGAUGGAGAAGUUAGUGGCGUAUUUGGCCAGGUCAAAAGCCUGUCCACUUUCGGUGACGUUGGAGGCGUCACGCCAUCACACGUUCGCCUCGGGAUUGCAAAAAGGCCUCGAGAAGUUGAUUCGGGCCCUUAUACCGCACGUUGAGAGGAUUUACUCGCUGCACAUCAGCCUCACUCAAUCUGCCUGCAAGGAGCUGCAAUACUUUGCUAUCGGUGAAGAUGGCUGGUCCAAUCUCGAGAGCCUCACCAUCACUACAUGGGGGCCCCCGCUCUUGGGGUCAAUCGUGCUGGAUCGCCCGCUCGUGUUCGCCAAAGCUCCCAAACUUCGCGAACUCACGCUGGUGGCCGACAAGAGACGAGGAAGUCGGCUCCUCCGAACCCUCACCCUCGCGCUUCCUUGGGCGCAGAUCACAAAGCUCACUACCAGCGAAGUCUUCCGCACCUCAGCGGCCGCGCGUGAUAUCAUCCUGAAAUGCCCUCUCCUAGAAACCUGCUCCCUAGGACACGUCAUUGUCUGGCCUGAAGGUCAAGUCGCCCCGGACCUUCCGACCCGUACCUUCCCCCACCUCCGGGCCCUUAGCGUGAUUUUUGACGACAACGAACGCUUCCUCGAUCACGAGGCCAGUUUCUUCCAGCCACUAGUUAUGCCCGCGCUCCAACGAUUAGACAUACGAGCGACUGAACCUCCCGAAUCGGCGGAAACGCCAACCUAUAUCAGCUUCAUCUACUCGCACUGCGGAUCGACGUUGACGCACCUAUCUAUCGAUUCGAUCCUUUUUUACGAUGAAGACGCCGUCGUCGUCCUGAAGCUCCUUCCCGCGCUGGUCUCGUUCCGUGCCUCUUUGACAUACGCCGCGACGAGAGACGAUUUCUUCCACGCCCUCACCUACGACGCCACUUCGGCUGCCACGCCACUCGUUCCGCGCCUGGAGAGCCUCGACAUCGACGAGUAUCCUCCCUCAGAGGGAUUAGAACCUGUCCGCACCAGUCUCGUUGUCAAAGCCAUCGCAUCUCGCUGGUGGUCCGACGCGGAACUGGCCAGGACACUACACACCGCCACCACCUCAGCCUCAAUGCCAGCCGUGGCAAGGCUGAAACACGUCCGUCUGUCUUGGGAUUUCGAUGAAUCUCCUUCAGAGUCGGACGCGGCGACGAUUGGGAGGUGUAAGGACGAGGGGUUGGACGUUUGGAUUAGUGGAAUGCCGCGCAAGGAUUUGACUCAGGAUAUUUCGGAUUAUGGGAGUGAAGAUAUUGAUUACGAGGCGCUGGCUGCUCGGCUCAGUGUUGGUGAUGGCGAUGGCAGUAUUUAGAGAGGCGAAGUCUGUGCUUUCUGCUUCCUUCCUUAUUCUCAGACAGUAAUACUUGGAACGAGGAAAUCAUGAGGUUAACAAGC